AUGCGGAUAAGAGAGCAUGAGGCAUAUCCUUCCUUAGACGAGCAAGAGAAGCCUAAGGAGGAACAAAUUGCUUGGUUCCUGGAAAUCCUCAGGAAGCUGAAAUCUAACUCCUCUCAAGCCGAGGAAUUAGAGAAGGAACCCCCUUCCAUGGUGUGUUUGAAGGCCUCAAAGGGAUAUGAGACUGUGGUACUGGCCAAGGAAUGCAGUGCCUUGGUUCAAAAGAAGCUCCCUCAAAAGUGGCCUGAUCCUAGAAGCUUCUUGAUUCCCUGCACUAUAGGGACCAUCACCUUUGAGAAGGCACUGUGUGACCUUGGCUCAAGCAUCAAUCUUAUGCCUCUCUCUGUGAUGAAGAGGCUGGGAAUUCAAAAUGUACAGCUUGCCAAGAUCUCACUGGAGAUGGCAGACAAGUCCCUGAAAAUGGCAUAUGGCAUGGUAGACGACGUCCUAGUGAAGGUUGAAAACCUUUACCUCCCUGCUGAUUUCGUAAUCCUAGACACUGAAAAGGACAGAGAUGCCCCCAUAAUCUUUAGAAGGCCUUUCCUUGCUAUUGUAAAGGCUUUGAUAGAUGUGGAAAAGGGAGAACUAGUCCUCAGAUUGUGA